AUGAUGAGACUUGCCGCCUUUCGUUCACCUGGCCUGCGGCCUCUGCUCUUUUCCUUGGUAGUAGUGACCACUGUUGCCUCCAAGAUCCUACAUUUAUAUCAACAUAUUCGAAGCGUCCCAUAUCUGUCAUUUCUGCUAUAUCUACCGACCUUCUUUCUUACCGACCUCGUCGUUUGUGUCCUUGCAUGGACUUUGCUGUCGAUAUUCCCGGGUGCCUGGGGUACUGCGGCAUUGGUCGUCGUUGCCAUUUUGGGUGUUUUUGACUUCGGAGCAGCUUCGUCUCAAUUUGGGUUUUUCUAUGUUACGGGUGCCGAAGUGCGAUGGGACGCUGCAUCGAGCCUCGCCACUGACGCCGCUGGCUUCAAGCUCCUCCUGAGCGGCUUGAUACCUGUUUUUGCUUCCGGCACACUUCUCCUUACUAUCAGUUGGGCUCUCGCGCCUCUGAUUUCGCUCGCCUUUGACAAUUGGCUCUCAGUCAUCACUGAUACGGCAUCCGUGCUCACCAAUGCUAGAGGCAGAUACCUCCCGCUUGCCAACGAGCCCAAGCGAACCAAUCGACGGAGAUAUGCUGUGUUUUUUACAACGGUUGCACUAAUAUCUGUCGUUACAUAUAUCCGCCUGUACCGACCAAACGUGCCGUAUCGCCAUAUGUCUGGAACGAUACCUUUUACAUUAUUGGCCGUCUUUCAACAUCCAAACAAAACAUGUACCGCACACGAACCGCAGCCUUUUCCCUUAUCCAAGUUGGUUGAAAGUCAAUAUUGGGAACCCCAGAAUGGGCGGUACAAAGGCUGGAUGCCAGAUUGGACCCUUGUUAAGAAUGGCUCGUUGGCAACAAAGACACCAUUAUGGGCUCCUGAAACAUGGCCUGCAGGAUUUAAAAGGUGGUCCAAUAACCCGAAUGAAAACGGACUCCUAGAUUCCGAGAUGACUGCCGAUGAUGUGACAUGUCCAAGUAUAGACUAUCUUCAAAUUUCAUAUAACCCCAUUCUAGAUCCAAUGCGCAUCACCAACUUGGAUCUUGAGUUGCUAUCCCCGGUGCAGAAAGCAUUAACAAAUCAUCAGAUCCCAAUCCGGCAUGUGUUUCUCAUCGAAAUGGAAAGCGCUCGCAAAGACAUCUUUCCAAUAAAAUCGGGUUCUCACCUUCAUCAAGCGAUCAAAAAGUCCCAUAAAUCAGCGACUCAGAAAGACAUCAAUGAUCUCAAUUCACGGCUAGCUGCUCUGACACCGGUAGCUGAACAGAUCACCGGUGAGUCUGGCAAUUUUCAGCUAGGAAAUAGAGGCAACCUCACAUCUGAGUUGUGGAAAGACAAAUCUGGUCCUGGGAUGGGCGGGAUCAAUGUACUUGGCGCAGUAACAGGAAGCAGUCUGUCUUUCAAAAGCGUGUUGGGAAGUCACUGCGGCGUGGGACCUCUCCCGGUGGAUUUCAUGUUUGAAGCUGAUGCUGAAAUCUACCAGCCAUGCAUUAUGCAGAUUUUCAAGCUAUUCAACCAGCUUAAAGAUAAUGAUGAAGACACAUCAGAGGAUAUGCGCACAAAAAAGUGGAAAUCUGUUUUCAUGCAAUCUAUCACCGCAGAAUUCGACCAUCAAGACAAAUUGAACAAACAAAUGGGGUUUGAUAAAUCGGUGGUCAAAGAAAAUAUAAGAUUACAAAGGGCAAAACACUAUCACAAGGGCAUGGAAGAGAUCAAUUAUUUUGGUUAUCCCGAAGUGGAAAUUCUUCCAUACCUGAAAGAUACCAUUGAAGAAGCCAAGUCUAAAGAUGAGAGACUGUUCCUUUCGCAUUUCACAAGCACCACACAUCACCCAUGGGGACUGCCCUCGGACUUUGAGUCUGAACAAUACUGGGCUAGUAAUCAUCUCGUUUCGGAGCAUGAGGAUAACAACAAGUACCUCAACGCUGUUCGAUACGUCGACAGAUGGCUUGGUACUAUCAUGAAACUUUUAGAGAAUACCGGAAUUGCGAAUGAGACGUUGGUCGUCUUCGUCGGCGAUCAUGGACAAGCAUUUUCGGAAGACUCGCAUACCGUUGGAACCUUUGAGAAUGGUCAUAUCAGUAAUUUCCGAGUCCCCUUAGUAUUUCGCCAUCCACUAUUACCGCGUAUUGAGGUGACUGCCAAUACCUCGUCGAUAUCGAUUUUACCCACAAUCCUAGACCUCUUGGUGAACACGAAUUCUCUGAACGAGCGGGAUAAAGAUGCGGCUUCCGACUUGAUCCAUGAGUACGAGGGCCAAUCACUGUUGAGGCCUUUCAAGGCUUCGCACAACGGUCGAGAGGCGUGGAACAUGGGCAUUAUCAACACCGGCGGCACCAUGCUCAGCGUGGCAUCCGCAGCUGUUCCCUACAGACUCAUUCUUCCUCUAACCAAAGAUUUCACUUAUACUUUCUCGGACAUUUCUCGGGAUCCGAACGAAACAGACGUCAUUGUAGACUGGGAUUUCUAUACCCUACUCCAUAUUAUCGAAAGGAAAUAUGGUCAUGAAGCGGUUCGCUGGGCGAAGGACGCAGAGAAAGUGGGAAGAUGGUGGGUGGACGAAAAGAAGCGGCUUUGGAACUACCAUGAAAAAUGA